AUUCAAGAUCAGCCCCGUUUAAUCUCCCAUAUAAAACAGUUUAAGCGGUUUGUUCUCACUCACGAAGAAACCCUAGACAGAUCCACGGCCGCCGUCGUCGUCGUUUUGAAGCUUAAUUCUCUGCAGGUGGAUUUCUCACCUCUCCUUGAACAUGACUUUCAAGCGAAGAAACGGUGGGCGUAACAAGCAUGGCCGUGGCCAUGUCAAGUUCAUCCGCUGCUCCAACUGUGGAAAAUGCUGUCCUAAGGACAAGGCCAUCAAGAGGUUUCUUGUGAGAAACAUUGUUGAACAAGCUGCAGUCAGGGAUGUGCAAGAAGCCUGUGCUUUUGAAUCUUAUACUCUCCCCAAGCUGUACCUGAAGAUGCAAUAUUGUGUCUCAUGUGCUAUUCACUCUAAGGUUGUUAGGGUUAGAUCCCGUGUAGAUAGGAGAAACCGUGAGCCCCCACAGCGCUUCAGGCGUAGGGAGGAUCAGCCAAAGCCUGGGCAAGCUCCCCGCCCAGCUGGUGGUGCACCUGCACCUCCUCCACGGGCUUGAUGGGAAGACUAUCAAACCUGUUUUCUUUCGAGCAAGCACUUGUCUCUAGGUUUAGUUUAUAUUGGAUUUGUUUCUCUAAUUCCAUAUCUCAAAAGGCUUGCUUCCUACUUAAAUUAUUGUUUUUGAUUUCAGUCUCUAAUGAGUAAACCCUUUUGAAAAUAGUAUGUUGUGUUUUGACUUGAAACAAUGGAACCUUUUUAAAUUAAUACUUUUGAUUGCAUU